UAAAUUUCUUACAUAUAUUGUAGUAGUAAUUUAAUGGGGGAUUCACAACAAGGAAAUAACAAAGGAAAGGGCAAAGAGAAAGAGAACUAUGAAUCUUGGACCAUGGACGAUACCAAUGAGUUGUUGCAUCUCUUGGUGGAUGCUAUCAAUAGUGGAUUGCGUGAUGCUAAUGGGUCACUUAGCAAGCAAAAUGUAGAAAGAGUGAUACUUCCUUGUCUUAAUGCGAAAAUUAGGUUCCCUAAAACUUAUAAUCAUUAUUUGAGCCGAAUGAAGUGGUUUAAGAAGCAAUAUAACAAGAUGUCGAUGCUUAUGCGUAACAACUCUGGCUUUGGGUGGGACCCAAUUGCAAAGACGUUCACUGCUAGUGAGGAAGUAUGGAAAGAUUACUUGAAGUCCCACCCAAGUCACAGUAAACUUCGAGAAAAAAGUGUAGUUGAUUAUGAGGAUUUGAAGAUUGUCGUUGGGGGUGGAACUGCUACUGGGAAUGGUUCCAUUGCAUUAGGCGCUGAUGAUACGCAUAAUGUCACAACCGAACAUAUAUGAAGGUAAUGACAUAGAGGAAGAAGAAAUUGAUGAUGAAGAUAUAGAUGAUGAAGAAAUAGAUGAAGAAUUUUAUGAAGCCAUUUACAG